AUGCCCUGCCCUGGUCGUAUUGUCACCGAGCGUGCCGACCCUAUCGUUUCCCCUGGCCAGGUUUCCGGUCACGUCCACACCAUUUCUGGUGGCAAUGGCUUCAAGUUCGAGAUGGACUAUGCCGAUGCUCGCUCUUCAAGCUGCUCCUCUUGCCCCAUCAAGCAGGAUCUCUCCAACUACUGGACCCCUUCUCUCUACUACCAGCACCAGAAUGGUUCUUUCGAGAACGUUCACCAAUCUGGCGACGGUACUGGUAUCUAUGGCGGUAUGACCGUUUACUAUCUCCAGCGUGGUGGUCCCAACAACGACAAGCUCAAGGCUUUCCCCGAGGGCUUCCGUAUGCUCGCCGGUAACCCCUUCAAGCGCAACCACACCGACGACUUUGAGUCUGAGGCUGUCAGCUUCGUUUGCCUCGACUACAGCGGCGGUUCCAGCACCACCGACGGUCUUCCUACCAAGAACUGCCCUGACGGUCUCCGUGCCCAGGUCUUCUUCCCCUCAUGCUGGGACGGUGUCAACCUUGAUUCCGCCGACCACAAGUCACACAUGUCGUACCCCAUCGGUGGUAGCUACGACAGCGGCAAGUGCCCCGAUUCUCACCCCGUCCACCUGGUUUCCAUCUUCUACGAGGUCAACUACAACGUCGGUGACUUUGGCAACAUGUGGUACGGCAGCGGACAGCCUUUCGUCUUUGCUCAAGGUGACCCCACUGGCUUCGGAUUCCACGGUGACUUCAUCAACGGUUGGGACGUUCCUACUCUCCAGUCGGCCGUCGAUGAGUGCACCAACGAUAGCGGUCUUCUGUCCGACUGCCCUGUCUUCGACCUGUUCACCACCAAGCAGAGCCAGGCCUGUAUCAUUCCUCCUCAGGUUGACGAACAGGUUACUGGUAUGCUCGACGCUCUUCCCGGAUGCAACCCCGUUCAACAAGGCCCUGGUCUCGCCUCUGUCAAGACUUGUGCUGUCACUGCCAACAGCAAGGUCGCCACUGUUGGCGCUUACCAGCAGUACUUCAAGGACGUUACUUCUUCUCUCAAGUGGCAGUACGUCGGUUGCGGUACAGAUAGCUUGAGCACCCGCACCUUCAGCGCCGCUUCCACCAGCAGCAACUCCAUGACCAUCGAGUCGUGCAUUUCCUUCUGCUCCGGUAAGGGAUACACCUACGCAGGUCUCGAGUACGCAUCUCAGUGCUACUGCGGCAACACACUCGCCUCUGACCGUGCACCCGUCACCGGCGUUCUCGGAAACUGCUUCACUCCCUGCACUGGUGACAGCUCCGAGUACUGUGGUGGUGGCAGCGCUCUGUCCAUCUACCAGAGCUGCAGCGGUCUCUCCAGCUGCUCCAACAACGCCUACAACGGCCCCAGUGGCGCCGCC